ACCAGCGCGGGUUAAUGUCCGCUGAGAGAGCGGCACAGCUCCACAUCUCCGCUGCUGGCUCCGCUCAGUCCGCGCUGUCUCUCCAGAUAUCUGCCGGGUGUCCUCACCUCCCCGCGAACCCUCUCCGGGCUCUCCACGAGGUCUCCCCUCUUCUCCCCCGGCUGUCCCCCCCUCUCUCCCUCCCCCGGGGUCUGCAGGCGCGCACCGAGCGUCUCUCCUCGCCGUGCUGCUCUUUUGCGCACGGACACCUCUCCACACUGACGAGAGUCAGCACCAGCCCGGGCUACUGUACUUUCUCCUUCCAGGUCUCAGUAAUUAGUUUGUCGUUGAGCUCGGACCGGAGGACAAUGUGACUGCGGCUCAUGGGGACUUAGUGUCGUGACAUGCUUUCAGGACCCGGCGUCUCCACAAGGAAAUGGGACUCUCUGCAUUUAUGGUUACAUGAAUGUCAGCGCUGCAGGCCAGAUGCCGGUGAUGGAGGAGCUUGUCAGUGAGAGCGACAGCAUGCCAAAGCGGAUGGCCCUGAUCUGCUUCCUGUCUCUGGUCAUGCUGAUGACCAUCCUGGGAAACAUGCUGGUCAUGGUGGCCGUCUGCAAGGACAGACAACUCAGGAAAAUCAAGACCAACUACUUCAUCGUGUCUCUGGCUUUCGCCGACCUGCUGGUGUCAGUGUUGGUGAUGCCGUUUGGUGCCAUCGAGCUGGUCCACCAGCACUGGAUCUACGGCGAGACUUUCUGCCUGGUCCGGACCUCGCUGGAUGUCCUGCUCACCACUGCGUCCAUACUACACCUGUGCUGCAUCGCCCUGGACAGGUACUACGCCAUCUGCUGCCAGCCUCUGGUCUACCGGAACAAAAUGACACCGAUGCGAGUUGCUCUGAUGAUUGGUGGCUGCUGGGUGAUACCCACCUUCAUCUCCUUCCUGCCCAUCAUGCAGGGCUGGAACAGCAUUGGCAUCGACCACCUGAUUGAGCAGAGGCGCCACAGCGAGGGCAGCAACUCCACAUCCUGUGUCUUCAUGGUCAACAAGCCAUACGCCCUCACUUGCUCUGUGGUGGCCUUCUACAUCCCUCUGGUCCUCAUGGUACUGGCCUACCAGAGGAUCUAUGUCACCGCCCGAGCACACGCCCUGCAGAUCAGCAUGCUGCAGCGGGCGGGAGGAGCCGGCACCAGCGCAGCCGGUUCAACAGCAGACUCCGCUGACCAUCAGCGAAACCACCGCAUGCGAACAGAAACUAAGGCAGCGAAGACUCUGUGCAUCAUUAUGGGAUGUUUCUGCCUCUGCUGGGCGCCAUUCUUCGUCACCAAUGUGGUGGACCCGUUUAUAGACUACACAGUGCCAGACAAACUAUGGGCGGCCUGCCUGUGGCUGGGCUACAUCAACUCCAUGCUGAACCCCAUCCUCUACGCCUUCCUCAACAAGUCCUUCCGCCGUGCCUUCCUCAUCAUCCUGUGCUGUGGGAGGAAGAGGUACCGCAGGCCGUCCAUCCUGGGGUCCGGCGCUCCCUGCACAGCCACGCAGAUCAACGGCUCCACACAUGUUCUCAACGGCUGCUCCUCUGCCUCCAAGCUGCUGCUCUGGUUCUGCAACACCAGGCCAGUGCCUGUCUAGCUGCUGUGUGUGUGGGGCGUCUCAAGGCUCUAUCAAGUAUUCCGUCCUUCAAAACGGGAACCACAAGGAGCAGGAGAAGAAGUCUCUGCACAUUGAGUCCCACGAGUCCUGCUUGUGACCAACAAUGGCUCCUCAGUCACAUCUCCAACGACCUCGGCUCUCACACUGUCACCACGGAGUCGAUGGAAACACACCGCAGCCUCCACACGUCCAGAGUUGAAAUUCAAUGCAGAUGCUACACAUAAAGCCAGAGUCCUGAUGGGACUUUAGGAGUCCCAGGUGAGGAAGAUGCCAUGUCACAGCAUGGCAUCUGGUUUUAAAGCUCAGUAGAAACUCAUCCUGUGGUUCCCAAGGGUUGCAGGGACCUAGUGGACCAGAACCAAACCAGUUCUUUGUCUUAUGGAUGCUGUCUCCAGUCAUUCUGGUUCUCCAAUCUGCAGGCCAGCAGAGACUGAGCUAUCCCAGUUUAACUGAAUCAGACAAGUUCAGCUUGUCUUGUGGAGAACCGGCAGCUUCGGUGGAAUGUGUAGGAGAAUUUCACAGCGUGAGAUGUGAUUAAUGACUGGGAGUCAUGGACGUGAAUUAUGUUGCCAAAGCUAUUUGAUAUUUCAUCCAGAGGACCUAUUUCUGAUUAUGAUGUGAUGCUCCCUGUUGUUUUCCAGUACAAAAUCAGUAAGAUAGAUUUUAGAAGGUUAGUCCUUGUAAAAUGAGCAUUUUAAGUUCAGCCUUUGAAGCGAGUGUUACUCAUGAAAAGAGGCAGAGUCGAGAACAAUAUUUCUUUUGCUAAACAUCACAUGUAAAACAUUAAGUGUCCUCGCCUUAGACACGAAGCUGAAGGACCUGCGUGUCUCCCAGCUCGAAGCUUUUCCAGCAUUUAUAAAUCCUCACUAAGCUGAAAGGAAAAUGUGGUUGCAAGGCUGCGUUAAAUCCUUGACCCUAAACUGUUGAAGUGCAUUAUUAUAGAGGCUGCUAGCUCACUCUCCAUGUUCAUCACUCCUUCAGCUCCUCUGAGUCUUUGUUUUUAUACACAAAAAGAAGUUAGAGGACCACAUCGCAUAAAAGCUGCUCAUGAAUGAUUCAACAGGGAUUGUGAUGAUGAUGUUGGAGCAAUAUGUGAAUGGUUAUGGUGUGUGUGUGUGUGUGUGUGUGUGUGUGUGUAUGCUUCCACGUUGAUGCAUGUCUUUAUACAGGUGUGUAUGUACAUGUCCACAUGUGUGGUGUUAGUAUGUAUGAAAUGUUUUCCCAUCAUCCCACUCUGCUCCAUUUGGCUGCCUCGUCUCAGACGCCAUGUUUAAGAAUGUACCAUAAAUGUUUCCAUGUAUUUAUAUUCAUUGAAACAGAGAACACUAAAAACAAUCCGUACCCAUAGCGCAACCUGGUCCUGUUUUUUUUUUUUUCUUUUGUUUGUUUGUUUGUUUAAACUCAUCUUCAUUCGCUCCCUUGCAAACUGUCCUCGCUCUGUCCUCCGCUACUUGUCCUCCACUGCUCAUCCCUGAAGUUAGCAGUUAAUCCCCAGGCGAACACUAAUAAACGCACUGUCAGCUGCCUGCCCAGCACCAAACAGCAGACAGGAAAAGUUAACACCAAGCUAUUGAAGGAAGUGUAAACCAGAGAACCAGAUGGUUUUCACAGACGUUGGUUUAGACCAAACCAGAGGCCAAAGGAGACUGAAAACGGACUUGUAUCCAUCAGGUGGAGAGAAAUACGACUUCACUGGUAUGAUAUUACUUUGUCUACUGGAUGUUAUUUAAUUAAUAAUUAGCCAUAAUGUUAUACAAUCGUAAUAUGUCAGGGCUGUGUGUCUGUAAGCUUAAUGUUUUUCAGCUUUUCUGCCCCCAAGUUGUCCAAAUAAUAAUCAGUUUAUCAGAGGCUUUAUUCCAAUUUUGACUUCAAGAAAAAAAAUUGAGCUAAUGUCGCUGUGGAUCUCAUGAUGUGAGAUAGACUCCACAUGUCCAUAUUUGGCUCAAGAUGUUGACUGCCCUCCUAAUACCAGUGAUAGGCUUCUUGUUAAAAAUAAAAUGUUGUGAAAGAACUUUCAAUUGAUUUUACGCACAAUUCUGUAAUUUGAUUUUGCCAACUGAUGACAACCACACAUCUCCAAAUGUAGUGAAUUCUGUUUGCACCUAAACUCUGACACCAACAACGUAUUAUAGUUGAACUUAAAGCUGAUUUUCUUCUUUUGCAUUUUGGGGAGAACAAAAGUGAUGACUGCUUUAAAAUAUAGACAAACAAUGAACAUCAUGUGUCCUGACUCAAAGCUAGAAACUGAACCUCUCAAAUCAGUUAAUCAGAUGUUGAGAUGUUGACUCUUGAGCGCUGAUUCACCGGCAGGAAGAAGGACAAAGAAGUCUCCACUGGAGUCACCAUGCAGGCGAGGUAAUUACAAAUCCCUGCAGAGACGAGCCAUUGACCCAGUUUAGCAGGUCACUGUUCAGAGGACAGAUCCAACCCAGGCUGAAACUUCAUAAAUGUCAUCAUCCCUCAUGUUACUCCAGAUACAUAAAUAUGAGCCGCAUACAUUACAGCUCAGGCAGGAGACAGACCAUCAGACAUGAUGUACACUUCAGUUACAUUCAUUUCAUUUUAAGUAAUUUCAUACGAAAUAGGAUUUAAAGGCCAUGCUGAUAUUAGCAACAGCAACCCCAAUAUACAGCAAGUAAAAAAGAAUAGAAAAAGUGAUAAAGUUCUUGAAAAGAGUUAACUUUAACAUAUGUAUGUUGAACUUGCGGUAGCAGACAGAAUUGUUCAGCAACAAACAAGAGACAGAAAUGGGAACGGUUCCCCUUCUCUGAUGAGUGAUACAUACAUUUGUUUGUAAUUGUUUUGUAAUAUUUUUUUUUCCUGUGAUCUCUUCCAUAAUUGAAGCACAAGCACUUUUUUGUGAUUUAGGGAAGGAUCAGUGAGAGUGAGGAGAUUUAUUAUAGUUUUUAGGAUCAUAUAGAUUCAUUCCUUCAAUUGUUAUCUCUCCGUUAAACAACCUGUGGAUGUUUUCGAGGUUCAUUUAAAUAAUAUUUAUUUAACAAUAUUUGUUCAAAGGUUUUAAGAUAAUUAAGACCUAGAUGUGAAAAUUAUACAAUCAGACCAGUUGUCCUUUGAUUUGUUUCCCCUUUGUUAGUCUUCAUUUUGUCAACCUUCUUUUUUUUUUUUUUUUACUUUUUCCCAGUUAAAUAGAGGAAGUUUUACAGUAAGUCAGAGGACUGAAGAUUGUAAAACAAAAUCUGUAAUGCUUUUUAUUUAAGAAAAUAAAAUUAAUGAUUUUUAUAUAAGAAAUGCACUCAAGAUUGUGUAUAUUUUAUGCGUUAACUGUGAAUCAUGAAGAUCAUAAAAUUAGAAAUGAACCACUGGUUAACUUGGGUUGACUGGGUUUAACAUGUUUUGCUUCCAGAGUGAGUUAGAUGAUUUGGGAUUUCCAACAUCAUGUAAAUGGAGCUUGAAUUAGUCAGGAAUUAAAUCCAGAGUCAUGAAUGGUAAUGUUUUCACAUUGGCUAGACACUUAAAACAGCAUCACAGGGCCUUUUUUUGACUUGUCAAAUUAGAACAAACUUGGAUUGUUUUCUAGUAAUAGUAACUGUACAUAAUGGUGCCGUUUUUCCCCAAAAAUGCUUCCUGUUGAUGGGCACGAAGAGGCCGUCCUGUCCUCCGCUAACAUGAACUCUCACUGCAAAGCGAGACCACAAAAGCCCGAGAACAAAGAGUGCAGGAUCUAAACAAAAUAAUAAACAGUACAACCAGUUCCUAAGAGGUUGCACAUUCAGCCUUUUUGUAAGCAAUCACAUUCCUGUUUUCAGCAUCUUUAAACCCACAAUUUUCUUUUCAAACAAACAUCUGUUUGUUGUCAUUCCAUAAGUAUAUAUAUAAAAAAAAGACAGACGUUGUGGUUUGAGUGUCAUGCAUUCUUGCUUUUUCUAUAUUCUGUCUCUUUUUUCUUUACUUUGCUAUUCAAUAUCUGCCCACGUCCACAGCUGCUGUUUCCAUGACAUCUGUGGAAGUCUGAUGUCAGGCAGCGUGUCGCCUAUGUCCAUUCUUGUGUGGAGGUUUGUGCAUGUGUGUGUCUGUGCUGCGUGGGAAGCUCCUCUACAGUCUAAAAUUAGUGAACUCUGACUCGUCCACCUUCAAUAUAUUUGAUGAGAAAAAAGUGUAUGGAAGGCCUUUUUAGAGAUGUACCAACACACCUCGAGAUACAACUAAACCCCGGUUGAGAACCAUCAGAGAGAUUCAAGGAGUGUUGCAGAUAAGAAAAGUUGAAUGAGACUGAGGAGAAACGAGGAAAGAAACCCUGCUGCCCCAAAUAGAAACUCUUCUUUUUACUACUUCAAAGAAACAGUCGGAGCCUCGAUCCACCUGUGAAGGGGUUGAAUGUUUAGAAAAAUCUGAAGUGUGGUUCAUUUGUGGGAUUUGUGCCUGAUGUUUCCAUGUGCUGAUCGGUGAGAUUCAAUACACAAAGUUAGCAAUGAAAGCUCAGGGAGGGUGAGGGCAGGAGGUGAGCUGUGGUCAACCGCAAGAGUCUGCUGAAAUAUUUGGUCAGUGUUCCUUACAGAGAUCAAGACCAAUUUAAAUGCUUGGUUGGCUUUCCAAAAUCAUCUAAGGCAUUGAAAUAUUACUAAAUUGUUGUUGUUUUUCAGACAGUAAAGAGAAAAAAAAGGAGAACUUUAGCUUUUUGAUAUAUGUCCUCAGCGUCCCAUCCUGUCACUAGAAUAAAAUUUGGGGAUUUUACCCUUAUACAAACUACAGAUUCUCAUAGGUACCAUAUUGAGGUUUCAGCUGUACAGCUGGGCGAUAAAGCUGCCAAGCCAAACACCACUAUUCAGGACAAAACAGGUAUUUAAAGCAAAACGUGACAAAACUUUUCUUCACCCUUAACAAGUGACUGUUGUGCCUAAAACAAACCAGACCAUAAGCAGGUGAUGUUGUCACAGCAUGUUGCUGUAACAACAAUUGAAAAUUGAAAGUAAAACUUUAAUUAACAUCAUAGAUUAUGUUUCAACAUAUAAGUGUUAUGCAGAAACGUGUUAUAUAACAAAAACAACAACUGGCACCUGGAAGUUGGUGAAAGUGAAUUAGGGACAUAUUUGAUAUCAAAAUCCAAAGCUCGAGUCCAUGUGUCAGUUAUGAACUAUUAGAUCAGAUAACACUGGCAGGCCAACCAUUCCUCUAUUAUUUUUUGGUUAAAUAUUAAUUCACUGGCAAGUCUUAAAGUUCUCCUUAGACAAAGAAAUACAUCAACCAACCAAUCAGUGCAGUUCUGUUAUUUCAACCCAUGGAAAUGGGAAUUAAAAAUGUAAAACGAUAAUCUCUGGGACCAAAUAAAGAUUGAAAUACAUAAUUUAUAAUAACCGCCCAUAGACAGAAAAAGGAAAACUAAAUACAUUCUACUAAGGUGACUUUGGAGAGCAUCUGAGUGGUUAAAGGCCAGAAAGCAGCACUACCACACUACAGAGCAACUAAAUACAGCAUGUAAGUCCUGAUAAACUUCAUACAGCCCAGCAGAACUAAGUUCAGAGGUCAGCAUGAACCUGGGAUGGGGAUUGGUGAGGGUUGUUCGAUGAAAUGGAAAGAUUGGAGAUAAUUAAGGCAUUUAAUUCCAUGAUGAAUCCAUUUUUUUCCUCUUUACCUUAAGCAGAAUCUGUAGCCUUUAAAAGCCUUUUGCCUCCAUGUCCCAUGAUACAGUCUGUAUGUUGAAAUUGUUUUCAAAGUAACAUGUUCUUUUUGUUUUGUUGUUUGAGGCCAAACGUCUUGUAGUCUAGGGUUCAAUAACUCCUGUAAGCAAUGUUGGAGUUAUCACCAGGUUUCCGUCAUGUUUCAUAUUUGCACAUAAAGGUAUGACGUUUUUUUUUUUUUUUUUUUCAAAUGCUGGACUCUACACUUCAUGUAACCUCACAGGUAAUAUUAAGUACUGAAGUUCUCAAACAGCCUUUUUGCCUUUUUUUCUUUGCAAAAUGGAAAUGACCCUUGGACAUAUUUUUAACCUGCCUACUUCAGUGUCAGUAUUUCUGAACUGCAGCCACUGUCUAAGCCUUUAUUUGUAAAACUUGUUUUAAAAGAAAACAGCAGAAAAAGGAUUCAAAGAGUUUUGUGCCACAAAAUUGCUAGAAUAAGUUUGCAAUUUACAUUUCUGCAACCCACUGAUAUGUAGAAACUUGUCAUUUGAAACACCAUUUUGAAUAGUUGUCUCUCACUUAACAGUGGUCUCUCCUAGCUGCCUCGCCAUCAUCAUCAUCCCUUCAUCACUCCCACAGCAUCAAGUACACCUCCUGACAUGAACGUUAGCUCAUACAAGUAAUCUGGACAUGACUGUGUUUAAACCGUGGUUAGGGUUAGGAAAAGAUCAUGUUUCUGCUUACCACACGCAACUGGAAAACCUAAAAAAAAAAAAGAAAAAAGCCAGUGGUUUCACGCUUACAAAAGUUUAAACAUUAUCUUGAAUUGUGGUCUCUCGCACAACAGUUGUCUCUCUAGCUGUCGUGCCAUCACCAUUACCAUCACCAUCACAUACACCUCCUGACAUGAAGGUCAGCUCAUACACUUGUAAUCUGAAUGUGCCAUAACACAUAUUGCAGACAUGUUGAUAUGUAUGAAACAUACACAUUUAACAGACCCAUAAUUGCAGACAUGUAUAAUGCUAACUUUUUGAUCCGCUGACUUGGCUGGUUUUGUAACUUUGUCAUUAAAAAAAUAAUUAUACAAAUAUAAAUGUGGUGCAAAAUGACAAUGGCUGCAGUUCAUGCAACUUCCAACGACUUACUUAUUCUGUGUCAUUCCUGCUCUGUGUCCCCUCCAUCUUGUUUUAUUUAAUUUAUUCAUUUAUGUUCUCAGCUUACAGCAUGAAUGUGUAUAUAAAGAAAAAUCUCCCACAAACUGUCCACAGAGACACACAAAGAAAACCCAACACAUUUUAUAAAACUCUGCAGUAUUUAUUUUGACAGAACAAAAUUGGUAUUUUCAUGUAUUGAAGAACAUAAAAAGGCUUCUCUUUCAGGGAGCUGAAAUGUGUAUGACUUUUUUCUGUUGCUAUGUGACAGUUCAGAUAAAGGCUAAUAAAAGAUUAAAGAGAUGUUGAUAAUC